AUGAGUCCCGACAAUCAAAGCUACUACCACUCAGUAGCUACUUCCUGCCUCGUCAUCCUUCUCGAUUCUGACCUCUCGCCGCCCCGCGCUUUUAGGAAGUUCGGCAAGCAGAUACAGAAGCGCCAGCUCGAGGUUCCCGAGUAUGCGGCAAGCUUUGUCAACUACAAGGCUCUGAAGAAGCUCAUCAAGAAGCUCUCAGCCACUCCGAUCCUCGGCGCGCAGAAUGGCUUCGGCCUCGCGACUGCGCCUGCAGACUCGCAGGCUGCCUUGCAGGCCAACAAGGCCACCUUUUUCUUCCAGCUGGAACGUGAACUCGACAAGGUGAAUGCUUUCUACCUCCAGAAGGAGGCCGAGCUCAAAAUCCGUCUCAAGACUCUGCUAGAUAAGAAAAAGGUCAUUCAAUCCCGCGAAGGCAUAUCUAGACGCUCUGCCAAGUUCACCACACUGGAGGAAGGCUUCCAGCAGUUCGCCACCGACCUCAACAAGCUCCAGCAGUUCAUCGAGAUCAACGGCACUGCAUUCUCCAAGAUUCUCAAGAAAUGGGAUAAGACGUCCAAAUCGAAGACCAAGGAGCUGUACCUGUCACGCGCCGUCGAGGUCCAGCCCUUCUUCAACGCCCCCGUCAUAAGCGAGCUCUCGGACCAGGCCACGACAAGUCUGCAGGAGCUCGGCGCCUGGUCUGAUGGUAUCCAAGUCGACUUCCGGUCCUCGGCCCACGUCGUCACGAGCCAGCAUUUCAUGGGCACCGAUGAGGCCGAUGCCGACACGCUUCUCCUCGAUACCGUCGUCACCGGCAACAUCUCGUCGUUACGCGAGCUGCUGGAAAAGAUGUGCUUGUCAAGGGACUCGGACGGAGGCGACGCCUCACUCAUGGAGCGCGUCACCCGCACAUUUCUGACUGCCGUAUACGAUGCCCCCGCCGAGUCGUUGCGAGUCCUCCUCGAUACCAAUCUGGUCGAUCUCCACUCCUACGACGACAUCAACGAGCGCAACUGUCUUCACCAGGCUGCCAUCUACGGCAAGCAGCACGUAUUGGAAUGGGGCCUGGCCGCCGGCGUCGCCGUCGACCAGACUGAUGUCUACGGCCGAGUUCCGCUACACUACAGCAGUCUCCACGGGCGCAUAGCCAUGCUCGAGGCCCUCCUGGAUGCCAACCCCAAGACCAUUGACCUCAUCGACCACGACAACUUUACACCUCUGAUACACGCCAUCAUCCACGAACACCUAGACUGCGUCGGCCGUCUGCUGGAGAAGUCGGCCCGCAUCGACCCCGUUUCGGAUUCGGACCACGUGCCUCUCAACCUGGCUUGUGAGCACGGCUCGCUACCUAUAGUCGAGCUCCUGCUCAAGCACGGUGCCAAGAUCCUCCCAGACGCCGAGGGUCUGUACCCGCAACACCUCGUGGCUCGGUCGGGCCAGACGUCGGAUCUCCUGAUCCUCCUUCAGCAGUACGGGGCCGAUCUCGACCAGGUCGACAAGCUCUACGGAUGGACGCCGCUGGUGCAUGCUGCCAGCGAGGGCAACGUCGAGUGCCUCAAGGCUCUGCUCGAGGCGGGGGUGGACCCAAACAUCGUCGACGAGAAGGACCUCCCGGCCAUGUACUAUGCAGCGUGGGAAGGCCAUCUGGAGUGCAUGAAGCUCCUCACGCCCUUUAACCGGCAGAAGCUCACACAGCCGCUCGCGGGAGAAGGUGCAGACACGCUCAAAGCCAGCAGCGGCCCGGGCGCCAUGUCGAUCGACCCCGAUGCCAUCCCGGUGCUGGAGCUGCCUCCGCCGAUCAUACCGCUCCGGAGGUAUGGGCACAACUUCCUCGACACCAAGACGGUGGUGCAGAUCAGUUUCGACGACUCGGAGGAGCAACCGCUGGUCUUCUUCCAGGAUGGCAAGUACCCGGCGGCACGCCUGACCAUCUCGUCCAAGGUGGACAGCCUCGACGCCUUCUCGCUCGACUUUGACGUGUUCCCAGCAUACGGCGCCAAGGUGAUUGCCAAGACGGUGGUGCUGCCCAACAACUUCAAGUCCGUGCAGGGCAACUCCAAGUGCUGCCUGCCGCUGUUCGACCCGCGGCUGCGCGCCAUCGGCCAGAUCAGCUUCAACACGCAGGUGAUCAAGCCCUUCCAGGGCCAGCCGCUGGAGAUUACCGACUUUGAGACGUACUGGAAGGCGACGAGCCAGUUCAGCCAGCCCACCAACGCUGUCGUCACAGGCUCCAGCCUGUCGGGCGACUACGUCCGCCUGUUCGUACAGUACACGAGCGACGGCGUGCCCGUCGUGUGGCCCAGGUGGACCAUCUCAUGCGGUGGCAUAGACGUGCCCGUGUGCCGGCUGUCGUCGGAGCAGUUCGCCGCCACGGCAGCGGCCAAUGGCCCUGCCAGGGGAGAGACGGCGGGCCUGCCGUCCAAGGCGGUGCAUGACGCGGCCGACAUCUACCGAAUCCUGGCGGGUGCGGGCGUCACCCUGACCGAGGCCCUCUCGUCCCUGCCGCUGGGAAUACACGUAAACCUGCAGGUCCUGUACCCGACGGUCGAGGAGCAGCACAGCCUCGCCCUGGGCCCCGCGCUGGACGUCAACGUCUUUGUCGACUCCAUCCUCACCUGCGUAUUCGACCACGCCCGCGCCCAGAGGGCCCAGUCGCCCGACUCGGUCCGGUCCAUCGUCUUUGGGAGCUACAACCCCCAACUCUGUACGGCACUCAACUGGAAGCAGCCCAAUUUCCCCGUGUUCCUGUGCAAUGAUCUGGGUAGGGAGCCUAGCACCGACGAGGACGGUACCGGCGCGGCGACCCACCCAGUAGAGAUCAGCGGCAGGCGCAGCGUGUCCAUCAAGGAGGUUGCGAGGAUUGCUCAGAGCAAUAAUCUCAUGGGGCUCAUGUGCUUCUCACCACUUCUGGACAUGGUCCCCGCUCUCGUAGAUUCCAUCAAGGCUCACGGCCUCGCCCUCGUAACAGAUAGGUCGGAAGAUGACUCGACCGAGACAGGAGGAGCGGACGCGUCCCAGAGGCCGGCGGCAAAGGGGGUAGACGGCGUUUUGAGAAGUCAUGGGAUUCUGCGUUUUAACGACUCGAUAGACAUGUAG